UUGGCAGACCGACCGUUUCGGUUACCGUUUCUCUUAUUGCAUUCGGUUUAAGCACAUUAUCUUAACCGGAACUAAUAUUCAAAUCUUGGGGAGAAGUUAGCUUAGUUUUAAUGUGGUUGUGUAUGUUUCUUCUCCAAAACCAAACCACCAGAUAAUAGAAAAAGCUGUAUCACCUGCUCCAUUUCAUCCACUCCAUCUUUUUCUACUAACAAAUUUUCUUCAUAUGUAUAUAUAUACCCUUGGGAUCAUUUAGCUGAAACAACAAUCGUAGCUUCUCUGAUCAUCUUUCUUGUCCAAUGGCAGGUCAAAAGAUACUCUCCUUCCUGGUUCUAGCUCUCUUUGUUAGUUUCACAGCUGCGGCUCGACUUCUUGAUGAAGAAGAUACGUUCCCAGCCACAACCACCCCUGGCUCAGGUCCCUUCCCUGGUCCUCUACCAGCGUCUGGCUCAGGUUCUGUAGGAACUGGCUCGGGUUCUGCGGGUACCGGUUUCGGUUCAGGAACAGGAUCAAUACCAUCAAGUGGUUCAGCAGGUGCUGCUGCAACUGGUCUCGGUGCCGGAACAGGGACAGGCUCAUCAAGUGGUUCAGGUCCUUUGACUACUACUGGUUCUGGUCCUCUACCAAUCGCUGGCUCUGUUCCUGGUCCUUUACCGGUCAGUGGUGGUCCAGGUUCCUUGCCUGCCACUGGUCCCGGUCCUUUACCAGCUGCUGGUUCUGGUCCUCUACCGGCUGGUGGUUCAUCCACUGGUCCCGGUGUAGGUGCCGGUCAAGCUCUUGGAGGUGGUGCAGGUGCCGGUCCAGCUCUUGGCGGUGGUGGUGUAGGUCCUGACCACACAUUAGUAUUCUUCAUGCACGAUAUACUCGGCGGCUCAAACCCCACGGCUAGAGCCGUAACCGGAGUCGUUGCGAACCCGGCUUUAAGUGGCCAGCUCCCAUUCGCUAAACCCAAUGGCGCAAACCUUCCUAUAACCAACGGAGUUCCAUCUAACAACAACAACAACGGUAUCGUCAACAACAACAACGUCCCUCUUCUCGUUGGACUAGGUGGGACCACGGCUAACAUCCUCCAGAACAACGGAAAUAACGGUAACAACAACCUUUUAAACGGUCUACCGGUUGCUAACGGCGGUCAGCUCCCGAGCGGUUCCGCUCUACAGAUGCUUAUGUUCGGGACAAUGACAGUGAUUGACGACGAACUAACUGAAGGCCACGAGCUCGGGUCUGGUCUGCUCGGGAAAGCGCAGGGAUACUAUGUGGCGAGUGCGGUUGAUGGAACUAGCCAGACGAUGGCGUUUACUGCCAUGUUUGAGAGCGGCGGUUAUGAAGAUAGUAUAAGCUUCUUUGGUGUUCAUAGAACAGCGGCUUCGGAGUCGCAUUUAGGAGUUAUGGGAGGGACCGGGAAGUACGUGAACGCGAGAGGAUUUGCGAUUGUGAAGACGUUUACAGGAUCUAGCGGGACGCAACAGCAGCAGCCGCAUCAGUUCACUGAUGGACUUGAAACUGUUCUUCAGUGUACUGUCUAUCUUUCUUACUAGUUUUUAUUUUAAUGUUAUGCUUGGAGUUUGGGAAUGUUUGGUGUGGAAUGUAUGUGAUUUUAUCAUUUGUAAUAUAAACGUGAAAGAGUUCUGUAAGAAAAUAUACUUGAAUUUGGGUU